GCGGUGCGGGUGGGGGUGGAGUGGGAGACUGUGCCUUUGCUUCUGUCCAGGCUAAGGACAGGGUAAGGUACUGCCCCUCCUUUUGCAGACCCGCUUCUUGCACGUUGUGCCCCAGCCCCUCCAUUCGGCGUGCCCAGUGCGCCUGCAGAAAACGAUCGUUGGAGACGAAAGAAAGAAAGUCCGCGGAUUGAACACAGACGUCCCGUGUGGAAGUGUCCAAGGAGACCGACAGAAGUGCUCAAGCCGAAAUCUGUGAGAGUUUCCUUCUGGCCGAGAGGGGGAGCCCCGCGUUCCCAGCCGGGAGCGACCCGGCGUCCCGAGCCCCAGCCCCAGCCCCAGCCCCAGCCACUACCAGCGCCAGUUUUGGCUUCAGCUGAUUAGGAAGAGGAGGGAGGGGGCAGAGAGCGCGAAGAGGGAGGGGACCCGAGCCAGAGGGUCCCGAGUCCUGCGCGGUGUUGACGUAGAGAAACUUUCCCUGUCGGCCACGGAAAGGCGCCCGGGCUGUGCUGGAGCGGAGAUCGCUGGAGCUCCGAAGACCCAGCAGCUCUCCACGCCCCUGCCCAAAGCCUGACCCGACUGCAUCUCUCAGCAAGGUACGGAAAGACCGUGAUUUAUCAGGGGUCUUCCCUGCCUGAGAGCCCAGACUCCAACCAGGAGAGGAAGUGAUAGAAGAAGAAUUCUGUUGGCAGCUAUAUGAUUGAAGCUACAAAAGGCCAAGUGUCCAUAUAUUCUUUCAACUAUAUUUGAGCAUAUUCAGGAUACAAACUGUGAUUGAACUGAACGCUUAUUUGAAAGAGCCUCAUCAUGAACCGUGCUUUUAACAGGAAGAAAGACUCCCCUGGAGAUUAAAAUACAAAACUUCACAAAUGGAGACAACAAGAUGUAUUUGAAGAUUAAGAAAUCUAAGUCCAAAACAAAUGCAGUUUCAAAAAACAAGAAACAAAACAUGGAUGCAUACACCUGAAGCAUUAUCAAAACAUUACAUUCCCUAUAAUGCAAAGUUUCUUGGCAGCACAGAAGUGGAGCAGCCGAAAGGAACAGAAGUUGUGAGAGAUGCUGUAAGGAAACUAAAGUUUGCAAGACACAUCAAGAAAUCUGAAGGCCAGAAAAUCCCUAAAGUUGAGUUGCAAAUAUCAAUUUAUGGAGUAAAAAUUCUAGAACCCAAAACAAAGGAAGUCCAACACAAUUGCCAGCUUCAUAGAAUAUCAUUUUGUGCAGAUGAUAAAACUGACAAGAGGAUAUUCACUUUCAUAUGCAAAGAUUCUGAGUCAAAUAAACAUUUGUGCUAUGUGUUUGACAGUGAAAAGUGUGCUGAAGAGAUAACUUUAACAAUUGGCCAAGCAUUUGACCUGGCAUACAGGAAAUUUCUAGAAUCUGGAGGAAAAGAUGUUGAAACAAGAAAACAGAUUGCAGGGUUACAGAAAAGAAACUUAGUGUUCUCAUGUGACUUUGCUUCACUUCCUGAUGCUUCUCAUGGGGAUCAGAGCAGCAGAAGCAGCAGAUGCUGGAUCCAAGACUUAGAAACAGAAAAUAUGGAACUUAAAAAUAAAGUACAAGAUUUGGAAAAUCAGUUGAGAAUAACUCAAGUAUCAACAUCUCCACUGCUGCACAGAACGUCUGGUCAUGAGCCACACAGGUUUCAGAGAUGCUCAUCCACUUUCUGGCCUAGUGGUGACGCUUCAUCUCCCUGUUUAAACAUGUCUUCCACUUCUGUCCCUCCUGUCAACUCGCCUGAUUCCAGACUAUCACUGGGACUGUUAAUACCACCGCCUUCUAAAAGUGGCCUUCCCAGGCCAGUCAGUCAGCGCAGCAUUUCAAGACCACAUGCUGGCAGUGUAACACCGAAGUCACCCUCCACUGACAUCUUUGAUAUGAUUCCAUUUUCUCCAGUAUCACACCAGUCCUCCAUACCUACUCACAAUGGCACACAACCACCCCCAGUACCUUCAAGAUCUGCUGAGAUUAAACGGGAUCUGUUCGGAGCUGAACCUUUUGACCCAUUUAACUGUGGAGCAGGGGAUUUCCCUCCAGAUAUUCAAUCAAAAUUAGAUGAGAUGCAGGAGGGGUUCAAAAUGGGACUAACUCUUGAAGGCACUGUAUUUUGUCUCGACCCAGUAGACAGUAGGUGCUGAUGUCAAGAACAAGAGUCCAUCCCUGUUAAUUUUUUGUAUACACAUAUAUCAUUCAUUAUUACUUUGAAAGGUAUUAUACAUGUGCCAAAAUAUAUUUUAAUAUCUUAAUAUUUUGAAAGUCAUCACGAUAAAAUUUCUUCACACUGUUGAUCUGUAAUUUUAUUUUAAAACAACUUAGUAUUAUGUAUAGCAUACUUUAAAAUUCAUUUGUUUCUGUUGUAGUUGAAUUUAUAAUUGAAAGAGAUUAUGCAAAUAUCUGCUUUGUCUAAGUUCUAAAUAAUUAGCACCUUGAAAUUUGUGUUCAUUCUCCAGGCUGUUAAUUUAUUAUUGAUGUUCAAAAAGCCAUACCUUAAUGAAACUACUUAAAAUUCUGAAGAAAUAUACCAAUGCCAAACUAAACAUGCCCUAUUUUCAAAGGAAAAAGCAUGUUGCCAUUCAUUUGACAGAUGUCAUUCUAUGUAUAAAAUGUUCACGUUGUUGGGAAAAUUUGAACUUUGCCUACUAUGCUACCAGGUCACAAAUUUUUAGUUGGUUAAAAAAUGAUAGAAAUUCCAAUAACAAUUCAAUCAAAUGUAUUUCAAAUAUUAGUAAAUACAAGCUAAUAAUAUUAAUUAUUGUUAUUAGUUAUAUUAAAAAAUGUUAAAUUUAUUUCAUAAAUGUGGAAAAAAUAAAAAGUUAUGAAAUCUUAAAAUUUCAUUUCUAAUGUGUUAAGUUACAUUCCUAUGACAGCUGAACAUCAUGUGAAACAUUUGGAAUAUUUGCUCACCAUAGGUGCAAUGCCUAGCAACCAUGCUUACUUUGCCAAAUGCAUUUCUCGUCACUAAAUAAGGACUAUCAUCAUGUCAUAUUCUCUUCUUUGAUAGAGAUAUUUUUCCUCACCAAAGUUUAUUUUCUGAUCCCCCAUUCAUUUGAUACUUUAAAAUUUAUGAUAGCUAUCUAUAUAAAUUAUCAAAAUAUUUAGUCAAUACCAUUUGUCUUUGUUUUGUUGAAUCAAAAUCUCAUUUUUCAUGAAAAUUAAGUUUCUAUUCAGCUUCCUCUUGAACAUGAGCAAUAUAAAAUUCUCUAGAACCUUAUUUGUGAUGUGCUGAUGAACCCUGACAUUUGAAAAUAUUUGUUUUCUAUAUCUUUGCCCAUCAUAUAACAGAAUAACAAUAUCCAUGUGGCAAAAAUUGAUGGUAAAAAUUUUAAUGUGGCUUAUCUUUAUCACAUUAUAAGAAAAAUAAAUUAAUGAAAAUAUAGGCUUAGUUUGAGGGUAGCUCUCAAAAAUAAAUGAAUAUAUAAAUAGGUUCUUUUACUCAUGGAAAUUUCUUCAAUUGUUAAGGUACAUUUUCACUAGUAAAACAAAUCAAAUAUGCUUAUGCAAAAUUGUAUGUAUUUCCAUUAUAUUUUAUGGUAUAUAUGAACCUUCUUGUUUGUGUUGUUAUCUGCUAAGUCAUAUGUUAAUUAGAGGUAGUAUAUGUUUCAUAAUGAAGAGUCUUUAUAAUUUUGUUUGUCAUAUAGUAUUUUGGAAUUUAUAUAAUGAGGAUGAUUAGAAGCCACAUAAAUGGCUUUUUUUAACAGAUAGAAUUUGUAUUUUUAUUGUAUUUUAAAAAGCUUUAUGUAAUAGGUAUAUAUAUAUUAGUGGCCAUUUAUUAUCAGUGGUAACACAAUAGAGUACUAAGAGGAUAUUUGCACAUUUAAGAUGUUACUUUACCAAUUUUUAAUGGUAAUCAAUUCUGCUACUGGCAUGAUUAAAUAGUGCAUAACUGGUCAUUAAUUAUGAACAUCGAUUUCACCAGUGCGUUUUUAUGAAUAUAUGAUUGGAAAUUGUAUUUCUAUGUAAACUCAAUGAUAUGUUUGAUUUUGCUGAGAAUAAAAGUUUUUAAAUAAAUUAAA